UCUGUGAUUGGCCAGUGUGUCCAGAUAAAGCCAUUCUCACCCAAUGUGUCUCAUUAACAGAAUUGUUCUACAGAUAUCAACCAUAUCGGAGUAAUCCAGAGUGGACACGAGGAGCUUGGAGAUGACGGAGGGAGGAGGGGCGGAGGCUGGGCGUGUGGACCGUCUCCUGAUGGUGGCCGGGUCAACGGCAUACAUGAUCCCACAGGAGCUUCGCCUCAGGGGCUACAAGAUGAAUGACUUCUACACAAGCCUGGACAGGACCCAGGAGAGAAGGCCAAACCUGAGCCUGACUAUGAGGCCACGGCUCCCUGACAGGAGCGAGCUGGAGAAGGACAUGAGGGAGCUGGACAGGAAGCUGGAGGAGAGCGACAGGAGGUUGGAGGAGCUGCGCCAGAUGACGGUGGUUCAGGAGAGACUGGCCGCAGAGAGGAGAGAGCAGGAGGAGAGGGAGAGGGAGAGAGCCGUGCAGGAGAGAGUGGGGAGUUUGAGGACACUCAGGGAAAUGUAUCACCUCAUGCUGAUCAUCGGUCCGGACCCAGCGUCCUAUGAGACGGUACCACUGAGAGAGCCUUCCAAGAACCCCACGGUCCAGAAACUACAGGCUCAGUGUAGGAGGGACCAGGAAAGAUGGAGGGAACUGGACAGAGGGCGAAUGGAGCGCAGUAUGAGGAUGAUUGGAUGGUUGGACGAAGAACUGAGACACUUGCAACAGCGAGUUCCAGAGAGACGUGUUCCGGAGAGGUCAAGCCUACCUGAUCAUCUUGAAGCUCAGCUCCAUGCCCAGGAGAGAGUUUGGCUGCAGGAGGCGCAGAGAGUGAGGGAGGAGUUGGUCAGGAGGGUGAGGGAGCAGUCAAGCCAAGCUGAUCAUCUUGAAGCUCAGCUCCGUGACCAGGAGAGAGUUCGGCUGCAGGAGGAGGCACAGAGAGUAAGGGAGGAGUUGGUCAGGAGGGAGAGGGAGCAGUCAAGCCAAGCCGAUCAUCUUGAAGCUCAGCUCCGUGACCAGGAGAGAGUUCGGCUGCAGGAGGAGGCACAGAGAGUGAGGGAGGAGUUGGUCAGGAGGGAGAGGGAGCAGUCCGAGGAGGAGGACAGGACCACAGAGGUUGAUCAUCUCAAGCAGAAACAAAGGAUUGAAAAAGUGGAUGAACUCCAGGGAGAGAAGGAGGACAUGAGAGAGAUGGAGAUGAAGAGUGAGGUGGCAGCCGAGGAGGAGAGAGAGUUGGAGGAGUUGAGACAGAGUGAGAGAGAGGAGUUGAGGAGGGUUGCUGAGAACAUCACCUGGACAUCCAGCGAUGAGAAGGAGGACUCUGACUCGGAUGAUGUCUGGAUGGACGAGGAGGAGAAGGAGGUCAUUCUAGCAGCCAGGAAGAAACAGAGGGAGGAGAGAGAGAAGAUGCAGGCUGAACUGAACAAAGAGGAGGAUGGAAAGAGAGAGGUAGAGAUGGCCACCCUGAGUGAGCCAGAGAAAGAGGGAGAUGAAAAACUCCAGGAAGAGAGUGAGGAAGUGAGAAAGGAAGAGAUGAAGAGAGAGAUGGCAGUCAAGCAAGAGAGCGAGAGAGAAGAGUCAAGACAGAAAGAGAGAGAGGAGUUGAGGAGGGCUGCCGAGAAUAUCACCUGGACGUCCAGUGAUGAGAAGGAGUACGACAACAGCGAAAGCGACACUGACUCGGAUGAUGUCUGGAUGGACGAGGAGGAGAAGGAGGUCAUUCUAGCAGCCAGGAAGAAACAGCAGGAGGAGAGAGAAAAGAUGCAGGCUCACCUGGACAAAGACGAGAAUGAAGGAAAGAGAAAUGUGGUGGAAGUGGUGAAGCUGGGGGGGGGCAUCUGAGAUGUGGGUCUGGAUGUCCAGUGAUGAGGAGGAUGGCAACAGCGAAAGUGAGAUGGCCUUUGACCAUCUCUGGACUAAACUGUCAGCCAACAAUAAAGAGGAGGAGGUGGAAGAAGAGAGAAAGAAAGAUGAGGA